CAGUUCCUGGUGUGGUGGGAAGGCGAUGGCGCGGGCCCGGUUGGGCUGUGCUGCUCUGCUGCUGGUGCUGGUGCUGUGCUGGCCGCGGCCGUGCGCGGGCGGGCGGGCGCCGCACGUGGUGCUGGUGCUGGCCGACGACCUGGGCUGGCACGACGUGGGCUGGCACGGCUCCCGCCUGCGCACGCCGCACAUGGACGCGCUGAGCUCCGGGGGCGUCCGCCUGCAGCGCUACUACACGCAGCCCCUCUGCACCCCGUCCCGCAGCCAGCUGCUCUCCGGCCGCUACCAGAUUCAUACAGGUUUACAACAUCAAAUAAUUUGGCCUUGUCAACCCAACUGCCACCCACUGGAUGAUAAACUCCUGCCAGAACUGCUAAAGGAAGCAGGAUAUGUUACCCAUAUGGUAGGAAAGUGGCAUUUAGGCAUGUACAAAAAAGAGUGCCUUCCAACCCGCAGAGGAUUUGAUACAUACUUUGGCUAUCUUCUUGGAAGUGAAGAUUAUUAUUCUCAUGAGCAUUGUGUAUUCAUCAGUGCAAAGAAUGUAACACGCUGUGCCCUUGAUUUUCGAGAUGGAGAAGAAGUCGCAGUUGAAUUUAAAAACAAGUACUCUGCUCAUGUAUUUACAGAAAGAGCUAUUGAUCUUAUUGCCAGCCAUAAAACUGAAAAGCCUCUCUUUCUCUACCUUGCUCUUCAGACUGUUCAUGAACCUCUUCAGGUUCCUGAGGAAUACAUGAAACAAUAUGACUUCAUUAAAGAUGAGAAAAGGCGUCACUAUGCAGGAAUGGUAUCUGUUAUGGAUGAAGCUGUAGGUAACGUCACUGCAGCCCUAAAGAGUUAUGGCCUUUGGGACAACACUGUUCUCAUUUUCUCUACUGAUAAUGGAGGACAGACACUGGCAGGUGGAAAUAACUGGCCACUAAGAGGAAGAAAAUGGACACUCUGGGAAGGAGGAGUAAGAGGUGUAGCUUUUGUUGCAAGCCCUUUACUGAAACAGAAGGGCGUAGAAAGUCAUGAACUUAUACACAUUUCUGACUGGCUGCCAACACUUGUAAACCUUGCUGGAGGACAUAUAAAUGGCACCAAACCCCUGGAUGGCUUUGAUGUUUGGAAAACUAUCAGGUCUUGGUAUUGACAACAGGACAUCUUUACCCCAGAAUAAUGCUUUUUCAUGGGACAAUUCACUCUUCAAUUUAUCUAUACAUGCUGCAAUUCGACAUGGAAGAUGGAAGCUACUAACUGGAUAUCCAGGCUGCAGUCACUGGUUCCCACCACCAUCUUUGGUCAGUGAGUCAAUGAUCCCUUCACCUGACCCACCAACAAAGAAUCUUUGGCUUUUUGAUAUUGUUCAGGAUGCUGAGGAGAGAAAUGAUUUGUCUGAAAAAUAUCCUGGUAUUGUGAAAAAAAUGCUCUCUCGGCUUCAGUACUAUUAUAAAAAGUCUGUGCCAGUGUUCUACCCUGAUGAAGAUCCCCGGUGUGACCCAGAAGCAACUGGAUCCUGGGGGCCUUGGAUGUAGAAUACCUCACUGCAGUCUGAAAGUUAUGCCUGUGGUGAAGUUGUGUGGUAGACUCAGGGUCUUAGUCUGAUCAUUUUUAACCUUGUUUGUUUUACUCCUGUAACUGAUUUUAUCCCUUAAAUAUUCAAUUUUGCUUGCUCUUAAGAAGUAUUGGAGAUCUAAUUUUACUCCACUUGGCACAUUUUAAAAUCAUAAAUCUGUUGUUUGUCUAUUCUUUGUUGGUGACAUCUCUCUAAACUGGUACCUUCUUCCAUACCGCUUCAGCUAGAAAGUUCUAAUGAGUCAUAGCAGGACCAUCCAGACCUUAAAUAUGAAAGGAGGAAUUAAUGAUUGAUUUUAUGCCUGGCACA